AUUUCGCGCCGCGGCCUACCCAUGCCUGAAGAACUUCGCGAUCCAGCUCACUCAGAUUGUCCAUCGAAGCACCCCACAUCUAAACACCGACAACAUGAGUGACGCUCUCUCCCUUUCCGUUGAAGAGGCGAACAAAAUUCGCAUCGCCAUGGGCAUGGCUCCAUUGCCUGUCCCUGGCGGUGCGCCAGUCGCCGCUGGUCCUUCUUUUAAAGAAGCUAAAGAAGGCGAUGAUUCCGACGACGAACCCGCAAGUACCGUCGAAACCCGUCAAGCUGCUGCUUACGACAACUGGACCAAGCUACAAGACGAGGCCAAUGCGAAAAAGAAACGCGAAGAGCGAGCCGCGGCGAUCAAGAAAGAACGUGAGAGGGCCUCACGAUCUGCGAAAAUAGAAGGUCAGGGUCUCGCAGAUGGCGGAGACGACGACGACGAUAUGGCCUGGCUCAGGGGGUCGAAGAAGCGACAGAAGAAGAUUGCCAAGGCGGAGCAGAUGCAAAAAGAGCUUGAAGAGCGCGAGCGUCAGGCACGAGAGGCUUUGCAAUACACUGAAGCCGAUCUCGCCGGAGUCAAAGUCGGACAUGAGGUCAAGGAGUUCGAGGAUGGCGAAGAUCAGAUCUUGGUGCUGAAAGACACGGCUGUCGACGAAGACGAGGAUGAUGAACUCGAGGCUGUCUCGUUACGAGAAAAAGAACGAUUGCAAGAACGACUCGAUUCGAAGAAGCGUAAGCGCGCCUACGAUCCAAAUGAAGUCGACGAAGACGGUCAAGGUUCACUCCUUGCGCAGUACGACGAGGAGAUCGAUGGCAAGAAACGGAAAGCAUUUACACUCGAUGGCCAGGGGAAAACUGUAGAAGAGCUACAGGCACAGGCACAAGCAUCAAGCGCAGCCCAAUUGAAGAGGGUUGCGGUCAGUCUCGACAUCCUGAAGGACGACGCGCCAGUGAACGACUACAUGGAUAUUUCGGAAGUCAAGAUCAAAAAGCCGAAGAAGAAGAAGUCCAAAACCUCCCGUCGAAAACGCGUCGAGGAAGAUGAAGACGUUUUUGUUACCCCUGGGGAAAAUGCAGAGAAUGAGAUGGAGGUCGACGAAGUUGCAACGGAGGCUCCGAAGCCUAAGAAGAGUGUUUUUGACACCUCAUUUGUUGAUGAUGACGACCUACAAGCUUCGCUUGCCGCACAACGCCGCAAAGCCCUCAAGCAGCGGAAGAAGACUAGACCGGAAGACCUCGCACGCCGCCUCCGCGAAGAAGCAUCAGCUACACCAGACAUUCAGGAUUCUACAGAAGCCGAGGAGCCGGGCUUGGUCAUAGAUGAGACGUCCGAGUUCGUCCAGAAUCUCGAUCAAUCCAAGAUUGAAGAAGCUGAGGAGGAAGAACGACGGCGACGAAAGCCUAGUCACGUAUCUAAUGGCGCGGAUUCCGUUGAUCCUGAUGCGACCGUUGUCAGGCCAGACGAAGAUGGGGAUAUUGACAUGGAACAAUCCUACGCAGAGGCUGCAGAAGCGGAGGAUCGUGCUGAAGCUCGUCAACAGGAGACUUCAAACAACCUGACUGCAACUGGUCUGGAGGUCGAAGAGACGGUCGAUCGAGGCCUUGGUGCUACACUUAAACUCCUCAGGCAGCGAGGUGUUGUUCAGGACUCCAAUGCUGCGGAGCUCACGAAUCAGUACCGUGAGCGCCAGAGGUUCCUCGCGGACAAACAACGUGCUGAAGAGGAGUCCGAACGGAUGGCUAAGGAACAACGUGAGCGAGAACGUGACUCUACACGCUGGAACAACAUGUCUGCUCGUGAACGAGAAGAUUGGGCGCGCAAGAACAAUGCCAACCGCGAUCAAAUGAACAGUAGGAAGGCUGCCGACUUGAUGAACAAGAUGUACAAGCCCAAUGUACAGCUCAAUUACGUAGAUGAGCACGGACGACACAUGACCCCGAAGGAGGCCUUCAAGCAACUUAGUCACCAAUUCCAUGGAAAGGGAAGCGGCAAUACCAAAACGCAAAAGCAUCUUGACAAAAUCGAAGCGGAAAAGAAGAAGAUGGCCGAGAGUGCUUUGGAUACUAGCCUUGCUGGUGGCAUGAGCAAUGCCCAGGCUCAACAGGGCAAGAAGCACAAGCAAGCUGGUGUUCGAUUACAAUGAGCGUUAUCGUGUUUCAUUCGGUCACUCAGACCAUCAUCCUCAUUAUAAUGGUAUGCGCCGUUGAUGUUUCUUGACUAUCCGCCUUCUAGGUUUCAGCUUUCGAU